AGCGACGGCUAGUGUGUCAGUCGGUUGGCGAGUCGCGGCGCUGCUUCUCUGCGUAUAUGACUUUGCGGUGGCGGCGGCCCGCGAUAGAGAUAGAGCGAUAGCGCGAGUGAAUUCGCCGUGGUAAGACGAGGGUAGAAGUGGUGCGGUGCUGGUGGUGGUGACGACGACAACGGCGGCGGCGCUCCAUCCUCAUUGUCGGCGGUCAAGCCUGCUGCUGUGAAUGCGCUGCUGUGGUCCAUGUGCUCUGACUGCUGACUAAAAUGCUCAUCAAGGAAUUCCGUGUCACUCUACCGCUAACAGUGGAAGAGUAUCAGGUAGCUCAACUGUACUCUGUAGCGGAAGCUAGUAAAAAUAACACAGGUGGUGGAGAGGGCAUUGAGGUUUUGAAAAAUGAACCCUUCACGAAUUACCCUCUACUUGGUGGAAAAUAUUCGUCAGGCCAAUAUACAUACAAGAUUUACCACUUAGCUAGUAAAGUGCCUGCUUUCAUUCGCAUUUUACUGCCAAAGAACUCACUGGAGAUACAUGAGGAGGCUUGGAACGCUUAUCCCUAUUGUAAAACAGUUAUUACUAACCCAGGUUAUAUGAAGGAUAACUUUGUGAUCAUGAUAGAGUCAUUUCAUAUUGGUGAUGUCGGCAAUCAACAUAAUGUUCACGAGUUGCCGCCCGAUAAGCUCAAGAUCAGGGAGAUCGUGCACAUAGAUAUUGCGAACGAUCCGAUUGCCAAUGCCGAUUACAAAGAAGACGAGGAUCCGACUAAAUUUAAGUCUCAGAAGACUGGCCGAGGUCCUCUCGUCGGGAAGGAUUGGAAGAAUAAUGUUCAGCCUGUCAUGACGUGCUAUAAGUUAGUCACUUGCGAAUUCAGAUGGUUUGGUCUGCAGACUCGUGUCGAAGGGUUCAUUCAGAAGGCGGAGAGGCGUCUGUUCACUAAUUUCCAUAGACAAGUUUUCUGCUGGAUAGAUCGCUGGCAUGGUCUAACUAUGGAGGAUAUUAGAGCAAUCGAAGAUAAUACGAAAGAAGAACUGGACAGGCAAAGACAUCAAGGAGAAGUGCGGGGUAUGAGCGCUGAUGAUUGAGGCUUUGAUAGCUUCUAUUACGAACGGUUAAAUCAAUUUCCUUAUACAUGUCAACACAAAUACAUACGCAUACCUACAGAUAUA